AUGAAAUCAAAACAAAUCAUUGCCCUUUCAUUGCUUGCUAUCAUUCUCUGCCUCUUUAUUCAAUUCAGUUUCCAAGAAGAGAAAGCCGAAACUCAUCAAAAACUCUUUGGUUAUCCUAAAGAUCGUUUCCUCUACAGAAGACACAAGGGUGAUCUCAAUGAUUUCGUUCGUUGGAUUAGAUUUCAAUUCAUCAAAUGCUAUGGUCAAAGUACCUCUUGUACUGUAAAGAAGUGUCGAUAUGGACUCAGAGUGAACAGAAGAAAUGGUUGUCCAAUUUGUAAAUGUAAUUUUAUUCGUCCAUUGAGAGUGAAGAAGUGUAAUCGUGCCACUUGUACAAUGUUUUGUGAAAAUGGAUUUGAGAGAGAUAGACAUGGUUGUCCAACAUGUGAAUGCUUGCGAACUAGUGGAAGAGGAAGACCUUAA